CGCUGCAAGCCAAGAAUGAUACAAAUUCAUUUUGGGUGCGGCAUAUGAAGUUGUCUUGACUGCAAUUCGGGAAGUGGAGGGCAGCCUAUCCUCUUUUCGACAAAGCGUUCCCGAACUCGAGCUGCAACCCGGGUUAAUCCAACGCGUGCAUGCACGCGAUCGUCACCGACAGCAAAAGAGGCUGGCAGCUACCCCAGCUUUGCACGUAUUUACCCCAGUAAAUUCCCCGCAUACAAUGCAGAUCUCCAACCAAGAUACCAAAAAAUUGACCGAGGCCAUGCUUUUCAAUUGCCGCAUGACAUCGCGGCCAAAGUUCCGUUGCCGGCGACGCCCAUAAACCUCGCGCAGGCGGCCUUUAUGGUGUAGCAGCAACGAUCGAACGCCCACGAUGUCACCCUCAAUCAAGCGCUCUCUUGCUGUCGCGGCUCUCGGUGCUUUUCUAAAGGCCGAGGCUGCUCACAUCUCCUCUAGGUCAAAACCAAUUGCGAUUCCAAAGUCAGCACCCAACGAUGCUGGCAUUCCCUUGGACUCUUUCGUAUCGUACUCGUUCGAGUUCUCGUCAUGGCCCGACUUUGCUGGCAACUUAUCGCAUCCCAAUGCCUUCUCAUACAACCUCAUGAGCAACCUUGGCAAGCUGCAAGGCUCAAUGCCAAUUGCUCGCGUCGGCGGCAAUACACAGGAUAUCGCUAUCUUUGAUGAAUCGCUCGAGACCAGCAUCGUCGGCAUCAUCCGCCCAAACAUCUCAGCCGACUACCCGACCAUCAUCACCAUUGGCCCGUCCUACUUCGAGUCCUACAAAACCAUGCCUGAAGGCACACGAUUCGUCCACGGCUUCAACAUGGGCGCCAACUCCAGCGCUGCAAGGGCCGCAACUUGGGCGUCCGUUCCGCACGCCUGCAAAACGAUAGGGAGUGACCUGCUGUUCUGGGAGUACGGUAACGAGCCCGAUCUCUUCACUGCGUCUGGAUACCGAAACGGCAGCUGGGCUGAGGCGGACUAUGUGUCUGAAUGGCUGAAUGGCACCACUGCCAUUGAAGAAGCCACCAAAGCCGCAUGUCCAGAACUCGCAGGGACUAAGUUCAUGGCACCGAGUUUUGCAGGCAUCGGAGUCAAUGACUACUUCAGAUUGGACCCCGUUGAAGUCUUCAAGCAGGGGUUGGACGAGAAGGAGAAUAUCGGUCUGAUCGCUUCGCACAACUACAUGGGCGUCUCCACCAAUCCCGGUAUCACGUUGCAAGGCACGUUGAUGAACCACAGCAGUGUUCUCGCCAAGGCAGGGGACCAGAUCAACGUGAAAGAUGGUAUCAAGGCAUUAGGAGACGCGCUGGCUCCAAACGUCCCCUUCGUCAUGGGCGAACACAACUCGCUGGCCCGACAGGGACGACCUGGUCUCAGCAACAGCUUCGGUGCUGCGCUGUGGGGCGUAGACUGGAACACCUAUCUCGCGUCGCAGAACCUGUCUCGCUCUCACAUGCACCAAGGAACCAACUACCGCUACCAAUCCUGGCAACCAAUACAAACAAACCUCACAGCUCGCGGAACGAAGCCACCAUACUACGGAAACGUCGCCGUCGCAGCCUUCAUGCACAAACCUUCAUCCGAGUCUGAGCUCAAGAUCUCAGAGCUGCCCUCAUCCUCCAUCUACGCAACCCAAUACGCCGCUCACAUUGACGACAUGCUCACCCGCCUUCUCCUCGUCGAUCUUCACACAUACAACACAACCGCUGAUAACAACUACACCACACCUUUCGCACGUCCGGUAGAGAAGUACUCUUUCCAGCUACCGAGCGAUUGCAAGGGUGAAGCUCAGGUGCAGAGGCUGUUAGCCAAUGGAAGUGAUGCUAUCACGGGUAUUACUUGGGAUGGCUACAGCUACAACUACGAGCUCGAUGAGGGAAAGCCUGUGCGCAUGGAUAAUGUGACGUGUGGAGAGAGUGUGAAGGUGGAUGGCAAGGGUAUGAUGAGUGUGGAGGUGCCGUGGAGUAGUGCCGCGAUUGUUAGUCUGGACUGCUGAGAUGACUUGCGUACUUCGAGUAGUCGAAAAAGACCAAUGGGAAAUCUAUCCAC